AUGUCGUAUGCGGCGUUGGGAGUUUUAUUAGCACAUUAUGUGCUGACACGGGGUCUAGUGGAUAGACCGGAGCAGUAUAAGGAAUUCCUACGGACAGAUGUAACAGAGCUACUCGAAGAAUUUGUGGAAUAUAUGGAAAAUGAGGACCUAGACGACCUUGCAGCUAAUUGUUUGAACGUGGGUUACAGGAGUCUGAGCAGAAAUGACAUACUUGUGGCACAGAAAGUCGCGGAUAGACUAAUGUGCACACUCAUGUCACGAGCCUUAUUUUUCAUGAACAGGUGGAGCCCCGGGUCCGCUAGCGCGGACGAUACAGACCCUAAGAAUGAACCGUUGAAGGAACAUAUAAGGUGCGCCAUAGUAAAUGUAUUUAUGUACAUAUUGCUGGAAUCUCCAUGCAAAAGUCAAAUGGGAAUAGAUAAUGCAUGGUACACCAUGGAUCAGCUGGAGACAGGUUCGCCUGGAUUACUUACACAGGGCAAGUGCCACCAGGGCGUGUUUGCAAAUAUACAAAUCCAGGACUUCAACAUGCAGCAAAUGAUUAAGAACUGGUUAAAGAGCAACGGAAGAGUAAAAGGCAAAAUUGAAGGGCCACGCAUACAAAGAAUAUGUACGAAAAGCUUAGCAGAACUUGGUGUGGCCAGGAAGGACGCAAAUGACAUGGAUGACAAAAUAGAACUGCAGGAAGAGGAGAAAGAUGCUAUACGUGAGUUAGGCCAACAACUGAAGGCCAUAGUUCACGAGGUAAAGAAAGAGGUACAGCAAUGCGAGCAGGCAAAUGGCGCAUGCAUGAAGUCUAUCCACAACGUCUCCAGAAGCAAUCCUGAUGAUGACGUAAAUGAGGACCAAGAACGGAACCCGGACGCAGGUGGUACACCAGCACCAAACGGAGCGGAAGAGAAAACCGUUCCUGUGGCCCCACCCACGAAACCAGAGGCUCCACGAGCUAAAGUACCAGAAGUAACAAAGGACGUUAUUCCGGAGAAGCACGGACCGACAAAAGGGACAGGGGAAGAGGGAGUGGCCAGGUCCGAUGAGUCCGCACCGGCACCCGUACCACCACCUCCACCUGAGGCACCACCCCCUGUAUCACCACCGGACUCAUCAGCGGCCGCAGGAGGAGGCACAUCCGUAGUAGGCCAAGGCCCGGAUCAAGGCCCAGGACUUGGACAACAACCCCCACCUCCAUCACCAGACAACGACGCUACCGAAGCUGGAGCCGGAGCAGUAACGCCAGCAUCGAAGGAUACGCAAGAAACAGGUAAGGAAUAUGUACCUGAGGAUGAUGACCUAGUUAAUGUUAAACUUAGAGGCAGUUCUGGUUCUAUAAGUGUAGUUACCUCAACUACUUAUAACAGUGGAGCACCCUCGCAGGAGGACAUAGAGCGAUACGGAGAAACCGCAGAUACAAAAUCGCCAGUAACAGUCCCUGAACCACCACCAGAACCAGAACCAGAACCGCCGGCACCGUCCAGUGCCGGUUCUACAGCAACAUCAUCAGACACAACAACACCAUCACCUGCAGCAGCGACACCAUCCACAGGACCAGCAGGGGCCGGUACCACGAGUGCCAAGAAGGAUGACGACGCCGGCGACAGUAACCCUGUCGUCGAUGGAGGAAACGAUGACCCCCCUCCUCUCAAUCCACCCAAACCAAAACCCAACCCGAACCCCGAUCAAGCGGGGUCCAGCGGCAACAAUAGUAACGGUGGAGUGCCCUCUUUCGAUUUGGACAAAAUAUUUCCAAAGAACAUAAGAAUUGCCGCAGGCGGUGGAUUUACACCACCUAUCACAACACCCGGAUCAUCCACUACAUCGGGUGCAACUCAAGGUGACUACGCUGUCCCCGACCUAACCGCCGACGUCAUCACCGCCACUACUCCCGUACUCUUCUUCCUGUCCGCCGUCAUCGUCGCCCUUCUUGGUUAUUCCCUUUGGAAAUAUUUUGCGUACCUCGGAAAAACACCACGACGAACGUAUCGAACCGUGCGUGACGUGCCGUCACCGCCACUCGACGAAGAAAUACUAGACCAUCUACAACGCGGCGAACUGACACCACCCGAUUACGGGUACACAAUGGUUCGGCAUACGCGGCCAGGCACAUUGCCCGACCGACGACCACGCCCACCGUGCGUGCAUAAGCGCACCAUCAUCGAACUACACUUGGAAGUGCUCAACGAAUGUGAAGCGGCAGAUUGGGAACACGGCAAACACGAUUUUUACGGGAUUCUUGUGCAGGCGUUUGCGCGUGACUUGGAGCAGGACGAGGAAACGAAUAACAACAUCUUGGGUGUUUCUACCUCAGACCAUGGUUCUGCAGGGACCAAUGUUUCAGCCACCGUGCAUCCAUCCACUGACUCGGACGCAACAGAUUCAUGUCCACCUAACGAAGAUGAUCCAUGGAGUUGUAUGGAAACCAUACAGUUCGCCACGGACCCUUGCCCGCCACAUGACCCCGAUCCAUGGAGUUGUAUGCACACUAUACCGUUAGCAACGGACCGUGCUGCGCCUAACGACGCAGACCCCGAUCCAUGGAGUUGUAUGGAACACAUACAGUUAGAAACUGACACUUGUGCAACGCAUGCCUGCGAUCCAUGGAGUUGUAUGGAAAAAAUACAGUUAGCAACGGACCCUUGUGCACCGAAUGAACACGACCCCGAUCCAUGGAGUUGUAUGGAAACUAUACAAUUACAAACGGACCCUUGCCCACCUAAUGACCCCGAUCCAUGGAAUUGUAUGGAACCCAUACCGUUAGAAUCGGACCCUUGUGCACCGAAUGAACACGAUCCAUGGAGUUGUAUGGAAACGAUAGAGUUCGCAACGGACCCGUGUCCACCGAAUGCAGCCGACCCCGCUCCAUGGCGUUGUAUGGAACGCAUACAGUUAGAACGCGACCCUUGUGCACCGCAUGACCCCGAUCCAUGGAGUUGUAUGGAAAAUAUCGACUUAGAUGCAGAACAGAAUGCUCAUUCCCACCCCGACCACGUGACGUCGUACUGCACCCAUUGGAUCCCUUGGAUUGACCGGCACAAGCACCUAUUGCAGCAGUGCACGACGCAGCCAUGGUUUUCGCAAUUGACAUCGGAAUGGAAACAAUACCUGCGUGAGCACAUGGCGGCAGACGAAGUAUCUGGCAACAGUGAACUCGGUGAAGCAGCCACCAUGCAGAUGCAGAAACUGCGGUUGUGGAAACAAUGGGUUGCCCAACAACAUGCGCUUAUGCAUAUAUAUGGUGAGGACGAGUGGUUUCAACAUUUGUUGAAUAAUGUACAGGAGGAGACAGUGUCGGAAAAAGGCGAAGUAUCAGUAGUCGACCAAGACUUCGACGUGGAAAAAGUAAUGGGAACAGCAGAUAUGCUACGAGUGCAACAUAUACCACGCAUGCAACCGCUGAAUAAGCAACCUUACAUGAAAAAACGGUUAACUGCCAAAUUGUGGAUUCUCCUGCUCGCGUCCGUAAUCGAAAAAUGUGAAAUCGAGAGUAGUAUGCACGAUAGGGAGCUAUAUGUGGAUGCUCUAUUGGAACAGCUCUGA